GUCUAAAUACAUCUAAAUUGACAGCCAAUUGCCUUCUGUUUCAGUUCUGACGCAACCAUGGCCAGCAAACCGUCUCAGCUCCGACUCACCUACUUCGACGGCCGAGGUCGCGGGGAGAUCUGCCGACUCAUCCUGGCCCACGCCAAAAAGAACUAUGAAGACAAAAGGAUCACCUUCGAGCAGUGGGGAGAAUUCAAACCAAGAUUGUUUUUUUUUCUACAGAUAACCUUGGCAGACAUCGCGAUCUUCGACGGGUCAGAUUGGAUCAGCAUGGUCAAACCGGAGGAACUGGACAAAUACCCAGAGAUAAAAGCCCUGAGGGCCAAAGUGGCAUCUGCGGACGGAAUCAAGCAAUACCUGGCAAAGAGAAAACAAACACCAUUCUAAUGUGCGCUAGAUCUAAAUACAAUAUCUUUAUAAUAAUGAAUAAAUUAUAUUAGUAUCAUUAUUCAUUAAUAUUUUAUGGCACAUUUCCUCUAUCAUUUCGUUGGGUUUUUAAUGGGUUCUCGGGAGUAAGUCGCCUCAUAUCAUUAUAUUGAUGUACGGUUAUCUUGGGAUAAGGUAAGGAAGGAAGGACAAUUGAAAUACCGUACCACACUUUAACUUUAACUGUCUGUGAUAAUAAAUACAUGUAGCUACUUCAGUA